AGACAGGUGGAGAGGAGAGGCAUGUGUGGAAUGCAAAUGGCAUCCAUUUCCAUUUGGAGUUGCAGUUGCAGUUACAAUGGAUGGAGGUGUAGCGUCGAUGAUGGAGGUGCGAGACAGGUGGCAGUGACGGUUUCAGCUUCAGGAUCUUAUUCUCAUCAACAGAUUACGAGAAGGUCCAUGGCGGUUCUGAUUUCAUCAUUGCCUUUCAUGACUUCCGUUUUGCUCUCCGAUUCGCCAGCACUUGCCAGGGAGAGGCGCAACAAGAAGAACAUCCCUCUUGACCAAUACAUUACUACUCAGGAUGGAUUGAAAUACUAUGAUUUGGUGGAAGGGAAAGGUCCAGUGGCUGAAAAGGGAUCAACCGUUCAGGUACAUUUUGAUUGCUUAUAUCGCGGAAUUACCGCGGUAUCAAGCCGAGAAUCUAAACUUCUUGCUGGAAAUCGUAUCAUUGCUCAGCCAUAUGAAUUUAAGGUGGGAGCUCCACCAGGGAAGGAAAGGAAGCGGGAAUUUGUAGACAACCCGAACGGUCUAUUCUCUGCACAAGCAGCACCAAAACCUCCACCGGCUAUGUACACUAUUGUUGAAGGAAUGCGUGUUGGUGGAAAGCGAACUGUGAUUGUUCCUGCAGAGAGUGGGUAUGGUCAAAGGGGAAUGAAUGAGAUUCCGCCUGGAGCUACAUUUGAAUUAAAUGUUGAGCUUUUGCAAAUUGUAGAUACCUGAAGACCAACAACUUUAUCGUUUAGUACUUCUCAUGCCUAUUCCUUCUCAAUUAUUACCUUUUUUCUUGGAAUAGGGGCGAGAAACCCUAUGUCCAUUUUUAUUGUGAGAUUGAUGUACUUCCCUUUAUCUUUGCCUGCAACUUUAACGUGAACUUAUUCUUAGUAACACUUUCACAUGCUGCUGCAAAAUUAUUCCUUAUUUGUGGAAGGUAUAUAAUGGCAUAAAAACCAAAACAAACUAACAUGAUCAUCUGUGUUGGACUGGGUAGUUUUUGGCAUUUAACUAACUACAGAUACUAACUUUUAUUAACCAAAACCUGCUCAGUCCUCACUCCUCAUGGCUCAAAUAACUUUUAUUUGGCAGGUUUAGACAAACCCCAAAGUGCUUUUUUUAUUAACCAAAAAAUAGAAAGCACAUUCCACAUUCCACAAUUCAACAGGUUUGUGUUGUUUGUUUCUGGUUCCACUCUCAAUUGCACUUUGCUAAUGCCAUUUGCAUACUGCUAUGUCUUUGAAUUUAGUACACACUAUACUUUCUUGAAUUAUUAUAGUAGAUUGUAUGUUAUGCAUCUCAAUUUGUUGGAAGGGUAGAGAUGGUGGAGAGAGAAAAUUUAUGGUCUCUUGUACUGCAAGUAAGCAUUGUGGAUCAUAUUUUAACUAUGAUUUUGAGUUGCCUGGUGUCAACUGUCAACAAUCCACAUUACUAACUGUACAUAGUUAUUGGAAGAAGAGUAAUUUCUCAAGUUUAUUAAUGAUACCAAUGGAAGUAAUGGGACCAAGUGGCUGAUGUCUUCUGUUGUGUUGUGUGUCUAGAAAAGAAAAGAACGGCUUUUUUCCGCUUUACUUGUCUUUUUUCUUAAUGGUGCACUAUAUGUUAGAAC